AUGCUUCGUAACACUUCCCUCUUCGCAGCUCUUAUUGGGAUAGGCGUAUCAGCUCUUCCAGCUGAUAAUGCAACGGCAUAUUUCAAUGGUCUUCAAUCAUCAUUGAUCAACAACGGAUUAUCAGGCUUGUGGAAUGCUAUUGUAGUAGCGAAUCAUACAGAUUCAGGACCUGGAUUGAUCAAUAAACUUUACUCUGAUGAUAGAUUCACCAUCUACGCUCCACUUAAUUCUGCCUGGGAUAAUAGUGGAUUAUCGCAACCCCCUGCUAAUGGUGAUUUGGUUUCGUUACUUUCAUAUCAUAUCGUCAAGGCGACCCUCAACUCAUCAACAGAUAUCGCUCCCAUCAGACAUCACACAAUAGCAUUUACAGAACUUCGAUCACCUACAGUUGAUUUACCAGGAGAUCAAACUCAAGUUAUCGUACUUGAGACCGCUGUCAAUAGCACUACGGGAGAUAACGCCAAUAAUGGAGAUGUCUUGGUUAGAGGUGAUAGUUGGAAUGCUACUAGCUUAGGAGAUCAAUUCGUUUAUGAGAAUUUGUUUAUUCAACCUAUUGACAAGCCAUCACCAUUAUUGAAAACACUCGCUCAAUCAGGAUUGGCAAUAUCAGCUAAUUUAGGAGCUACAUCAGCAUUAUCAACUAUAUCAUCUACAGGUUUGAAUGAAACUUUAUCACAAGAUUGUUAUGGUUGUACAUUCUUCAUUCCUGUAAAUAGUGCUUUUGCAGCUGCUUCUGCCAGUACAAACUACAGUAGUCUCUUACAAGAUGAUCAGAGGAAUAUUCUCCUUAACCAUGUGCUUAAUGGAAGUACAGUUUAUUCACCAGAUAUGUCAUCUGGAAACGCAUAUAUCACAUCAGCCGGAAUGCCUUUAGUUUACUUGACGAACGAAGGAAAAAGUUUCAUCUCAGUGGGCAAAUUUAGAGCAUCCAUCUUGAGAAGUGAUAUCCCAGUUUCAAACGGGGUGGUUCAUCUCAUCGAUACACUCAUGGUCGUCCCUCAAAACAAUCACCAAAAAGCAGAUGACGCAGCAAGCUCAGCUUCUUCAGAGGCUCACGCUCGAACUACCACUACAAACGUUGUAGGAAUAGGAGGUAUCACAGCUCCUGCUACUCGUACCUCUUCAGCUGCAACUUCCACUCCAACUCAAUCUCAAAGUUUCGCUAAGAAGUCCAAUGGUAUCAAUGCUAUCUGGAAGAUGGCCAUGGUAACUUUCGUCCUGGGUGAAUUAUGGAUCUAA